AUGUGGUUAAGAUACUCCAAAUGGAUCUUAUCUUCAUCGACAAAUCCUUCACUACGAUAUUUACAGUCCAUUCAACAAUUUCGUACGCAAAUAAGUCGAAAUCCGUUGAAAGGACGAACAAAACGUUCGAUAAAAAAUUUCGAUGAAUCCAAUGUUUUACAUGUUGAACCUCAUAAUGAACUUCGUCCAACUCGACUUUUAAUUCGUCCAACUGUCUUCACCGUCGGUUUCGUCGGUUGUUCAUUUGUCACAUGUGCUAUUUGGCAAUACGAAUCACAGAGAAACAAAUUACGAAAACUUAAAGAGCGUUGGCAAUCGAAACUGAAUUCAGAUCAAAUAUCUUCUCAAUUAAAAAAUAUCUGGCGCGAUGUUUCGGAACCUAAACGUGUCGUUGGAACAAUUAUCGGUUUGAACCUUCUCGUUUUUCUUGCAUGGAGAGUCAAAAGAUUAGAACCAUUUAUGCUGAAAUACUUUACAUCAAGCCCUUUCAAACCAAAUCUUAGUUCGAUGGUAUUGUCGACGUUUAGUCACUAUAAUGGAAUACAUUUUUUAUGUAAUAUGUAUGUUCUAUGGUCAUUUCAUGAGCCCAUUGUACGAAUGUUUGGCAAAGAACAAUUUACUGCUGUUUAUUUAUCUUCUGGGGUCAUUUCUUCUUGGUUGAGUUACGUGUUCAAAGUUGUGACAAAAACACCGAAUAUUUCUCUUGGAGCUUCCGGCUCGAUAAUGGCGCUGUUAGGUGCUGUUUGUACCCAGUUUCCUGAUGCACAAUUGGCCAUUAUAUUCCUACCGUUCUUUACUUUUUCCGCCGAAUCGGCUCUUAUCACGAUGGUGUCCUUUGAUCUUCUUGGUACUAUAAUGCGCUGGCGCUAUCUCGAUCAUUCAGCUCAUUUAGGUGGAGUGUUAUUUGGCAUUUUCUAUGUUAAAUAUGGUUAUAAAAUCAUCUGGGAGUCACUUACACCGGUUGUAGAACGUUGGCAUCGCUUACGAGAAAAAUUCAAAUAA